AUGGCGGACGUUGUAAACAGAGCCAGCAGCUUCUCGGAGGCCAAAGUGAAAGACUUCUUUUCAAGAUGAACAACGUAGAAAUCGAGCGGAUGGACAGUCUGGAGGGCUGGGUAGCCGUUAAAACUAACAUAUUUGAAGAAGCCGAGACGUUUAAGCUGGGCUUCAUCGUCCAGUGGAACGUCAUCGAGUGCAAGUUCGCUGUCACCUGCCACAACAGGACGCUACAGCGGCAGAAACGCAAAGCCGAAGUGGCUCCUGGCGACCCUCAGAUGAGCUGGGCUGGACUCUUUUCCGUGUGCGAAUUGAGACACAUCCACCAGCAGUUUAAAUGCGUGGCAGACAUCUUGGUAACGUGUUUCCCGGAUCUGUCAGAGUUCGAAGACAGCAACAUUUGGGACUUGCUCUUCCUGAAUCGGAGGUUCGGUCCCGAAGACGAUGAGGAGAGGGACUUUGACUCGCCCUGUCGGAAACUCGAGAAAUACUUCAGCACAGCCAUCGACAUCUGCGGACGGAAAAUUGUGCUCGAGACGUUGUUCGCGCAGGAUGAGCGAGAUGUCGAUGAGUACUUUGAGAACCUACAGGAGUUCAAGAUGAAGACCAUGCAGGAGGAGAUGUCGAGGGCGAAGGGCCUCGUGCGACAGCUUCUGCAGAGUCAUGGCAGAGCAGACCGAAUGGUCGCGCUGCUCAGCAUCUACGAGGAAGAGGACGAGGCCUACCAGGACCUGGCCACCGUGGCCACCACCUUCUUCCAGUACCUGCUGCAGCCUUUCAGGGACAUGAGAGAGCUGGCCUGCCUCUACAAGAUGGAGAUCCUGAAGUCUCUGGAGUUUGAGGACUUGGGUCCUAAGAGAAUUGCAGCUCUGGAGAAGGAGGCGGAGGAGUGGAGAACGAAAGCAGAAGAUGCAGUCGCCUCAAUUCAGGACAUCACUGUCACCUACUUUGCACAGACUUCAAAGGCUCUGGCUGGUAUGUUAAAGCAGAUGGAGGAGGAUAAGUGCCGUUUUGGUGUUGCUGCCUGGGCGUCUGCAGCUCCCAGACUGGAGAAACUGCGCUUCCUUUUGGCCAAAGAAACGCUGCAGCAUAUGAGAGCUGCAGAGAUGUGCCUCAACCGCAAGAAAGACGGCAUCAGACAAAGGUUGGGCAGCCUGUCUGGCAGAGUCAAGAGCCACAGAUCUGAUUCCAGGUCUGAGUCUGAGGACGACCAGCAGCAGGACACUGUGGACCAGCUGGAGCUGAAAUUCUAUGAAACCCAACUUGAGCUGUACGACACCAAGUUUGAGAUCCUGAAGAAUGAGGAGCAGCUGCUGGUGGUUCAGAUAGAAACGGUGCGACGGCAGAUUAAAGAGCUGAAGGAGGAGGUGGUGUACUACGAUGUGUGCGAGGAUCCCGAGGAGCUGCAGAGCUUGGUCACACACACGGGUGUUCAGCAAACCGACCCUCCGGCUGUCAGUCAGCUCAAAAGACGCCUGCAGACCUUGGAGAUCAAGAGAGGCAACAUCUGUGUCCGACGAGCUUAUCUCCGCAACAAAAAGGAUCAGUGUGUGGAGGCCAACGAGCAGAAGCAGCUUCCCGCCAAGCAGAGCUUCAUGCUCUUCAACCAGCACCAUCAGGUCCACCUGAAACGAGAGAAGAGGAAGGAGGACGAUCAGAGGAGGAAACAGUGGGUGGACCAGGAGCGAGAGAAGACUCUGAGCAGAUUACGAUCCUUCAGAGAGAGGCGACCGGGCCAGUUCAUCCUGAAGACUCCUCAGUCCUGGAUGUCUCCUUCAGAAGUGCCGUGUCCCUCCCAGCCACUGUCCAUCAUCAGCCUCGGCCCCCCCGAAGGCCCCCCCUCCGUCCGCUCUGCACCCAGACGCAAUAAAACAGCCAAGAAACAGCAGCCUAAAGACAUCCCUGUCCAAAUCUACUCUGCACCGCCACCCCCAACAACAACCUGCCCUACAGCACCUCCUCCUCCCCCUCCCCCACCACCCCCUCCACGUCCCCCACCACUGCCCCCUGGCAUGCCUUCCCCACCUGUCCAAGCGUUGCCUUCCUCCAAAGACACACCGAUGCCUCUCAGCGAAAAAGAGGACCCUCCUUUUCCAGCCAAGAACAUGCUCAAACAAAAUAUAGGAACAAUGGAUGAAGUGUUGGCCUCAUUGCAACAUGGACAGAGUCGGCUUCGAAAGGCCCCCGCUCCCAGGACAGCGCCCCCUGCUGGGGAUACGAGGAGCACUCUGAUGUCUGCCAUCCGACACGGAGUCACCCUGAAGAAGAUGGUUCCUACGCUUGGAGAAGUCCCGAGCAGCGGAAACAACGAUCUGGAGCGCAGCAUCAAAGCCGCCAUGAUGAGGAUGAAGAAGGUGGCGGCGGAUUCUGACGAGGACGACGAGACGCACAGUGCAGACUGGGACAGCUGAGAAAAAAAACACACACACACACACCGAUGAAGCUGUCCUCUUCCAUUACCCCCGCUCUGUUUUCUUCACGGUUCUGAGCUAUGGCUUACGUUGCUGCCAAAUGUUCACCGAAAAGACACGGCUGGGAUUACGCCUCUUCUCGCGUAAACAUUGCAGUUUUCAAAAUAGCCCUGAGACGUUGUAAUACAUCCAAAUCCAACCAACCGGCUCCACUGGGCGAAUGAGGCAUUGCGCUCCAACGCUCAUGAAGAAGAAAAGUCGAGCAGUAGUGCUGUAGUACAGCGUGUAAAUGAUUACAUUUCUUCCAACUGGCCAUUUAAAGGCCUUUUGUGAGACUGUCACACAGCACGGGACGCCUGAGAGACGACCACGCUGCACUACUCCACUGUCACGAAUACUCAUUUUCCCCACAUUGCCUAAACUCGGCUGACUUCCGUUAUUUUGAAUGUAAUGAAAUCCGAUUUCUUUUUUUAAUUUACUUGACUUUACCCCAAGAAGGGCUACAGCACACUGAGUUUUGGCAUUCUUUGCAUUUUAUUACGAGACAAAGAGAAGAGUUGUGUCCUGAAGUGCAGCAGUGUUAAUUAUUUGCAGCCCACAUGUUUAAAGUCUACGUCACUGUUUGUAUUACAGGUUUGAUGCACUGUCCUCCUAUCCCUGUUUUUCUCUUUGUGUCGGAAGUGUGUGAAUGUGUUUCCAGUGCAAUUUAUAGGUCAUCUGUUGUUUCUUCCUCUGUGGUGCCAUGACAAAUGAAGUGGCAAGUUAAUUAAGAAAACUAGAUUCAUUUUUGUUUUGUGUGACACGGAGCACUUACCUGAAAAGACAAGGCUAUAAUGUAUUAUGUACACGAAAAUACAAUACUGUAUUCCCAACAGCAUUAAACGGUUGGCAGAAGAAAGGAUUCAUUGCUCAAAGAUAUGAAACUUGAUCCGGUGUGUUGCAGACGAGCUGAUGAUGGCAGCGGCUGAAACACACUUCAGCUGCUGUGUUUUAAUAAUAAAUGAAGACAUGUUGGUUCAUAAACACGGUUUGCUGACGAUUUCUCUCUGUUGGGCCGGAGAUCUUUUCUUGUGGAUUGCCCGUGGUGUUCCCCGAUCGCCACGGGUUCUCUGUACCUUUAAAUAAGUCACACAGCAUCUCAAGAGGUGUCUCAUUAACCUGUGAGAGCGCUCUGGCAGAUUCGUCACCCACCUGAUGAUGACGAUGAUGAUGAUGAAUCAUAAAUGUGCGUGUGAGUGAGAGAUUUAUCGGUAUCCUCCAGGUGAUCUGGGGGAAAUACGAGUCAUGCACCUUGGGGAGGACACACACACGUCAGGCAUUAUACGAAACCAGACGACACAGAGCGUCAACAUGAAAUUCCGCAGCCUGUUACUAUGGCAACAGGAAGUCUCAGUGAUAGUGGCCUGCCGUUCUCUCUCUCUCUCUCUCUCUCACAGUCUCUUAAUGAUGUUUCACCAACUCGCCCACUCAUCGCCGGUCACACAAUGAGCCUCGCUGAGAGAGUUCGACACAGCCAUGAACAGCAGAGAUGCUGCUGUUGCUGCAUCACCGCUGCAUCAGAGUUUAUCUUCUUUCACUUAUUUUUCAUUUAAUUAAUUCAUAAUUUAGUCUAUAAAAAGUCAGAAAAGUGAAAAUAGCCACAGCUCUGUGAGGAUGUACAUAGCCCAAGUGGUGCUUUAAGCGGAAUACUAAAGUCAGCAUGCUCACAAUGACAAUGUACCAUGUUAACUAUCCUAGUUUAGCAUGUCGGCCUGCCGACACCUGCUGAUUAGCACUAAACACAAAGUACAGCUGGUGCUCAUGGGAAUGUUAUUAGUUUUGGAGAUAAAAAUGACAGGACAGAUUUAAAAACUUUGACCUGCUGCUGGCUUAAGAGGAAAUGUCAUCACCAAAGUCAUCACGAUGCGUCCUCUGGGGAACAUGAAUGUUUGUACAAAAUUGAAUGGCAAUCCAUCCAAUAGUUGAGAUAUUGAAGUCUGGACCAAAGUGAUGGAGCAACAGACAUUGCCAUCCCUAGGGCUAAGUCCUAAAAGUGACAACAUCCAGAGCCUGCAGUAACAUUUUUUUGUUUUGUCCAAAUUUAAAUAUCCCCUAAAGGCAUUUACAGUUUUGUCCAUAAAAUGUCACGGCAUAGUGAAAAAAUGCUGAUCACAAUUACCCAUAGUGACGUUCUCACGUUGCGUCUUCUUUUUCAAUAAACAGUCUUAAACCUAAAGAUAUUUAGUUUACUUUCAUGUAAGACGGAAACAGAAAAUAAAGUUUGCACUCCGUUUCAAAAGUAACUAAAUGAUUCAUUUGAUCAUCAAAACAGUCGAUUCAUCGAUUAACAAGAAAGGAAUCUAGCGCGCAGUGUUUCAGCUCACAGGAUGAGAAGCUUCUCAGAAUGAUGAAGCAUUUUUCUUUUUACAUUUAAAUUGUUUGAAUUGAUUAGUAGUGAAAAUUUAUAGUUGGCUGCAGUCCUACAACAGUUAAUUUUCCAUCAAUUGAUUGGUUGAUCAUUUCAGCCCUAAAUGGGUGCUGACUCUGCAUAUCAAGUCUUCCAGCCAGCUGAUCUCUGAAGGGAAAAAACAAAACAAAUCAGUUUCUUAGAAAAUCAACAUCCAAGAGUCUGGCUGACAAAGAGGACCGACUGUCUUGUGUAAUUAAAAGAUGAAUUGUUGGACGGUUGCAUCGGAUCUAUACUUCUCAUUGUCAAUCAUUCAAACUGUUAAAACAACAAAACAGGAGGGAGUGGGAUUAAGUUGCCACAGCAACAUGUCCCCUGAUCCACCCCUGCAGUUACUUCCUCAGGGCUGCGAUGAUGUUGGAGUUGAAGGUAUUUUCCAUCCCUCAAACAAGCUCAUGUCUGUUGCUUUAUUUGUUCUGAUCUCUAAAACAUGAUACGCGUCACUGACUGAAUAAAUCCCACUUCUUUUGCUGUGGUUAUGUGCGUCUGUGUUAGGAUUACAGCUAUAUUUAGUGCUAUGUAAAUCAACAUCAGAGACGAAGACGUGCGGUGGCGGAGCGUCUGUACUCGAGCCUCGAUGGGACGCAGCUCUGGCGCUGUAGGUUCAUUCCACCUCCUCCUCCGAGCUUCUCAUCCAGGAAAGAAUGCCUCCAGAC